AACAGAAAAACUGAGAUGCCCAGUCGUGUAACCCUUAAACGCUCCAUUUCCCGCGAAAACCUCUCUCUAACUUUCUCUCUCCUAAUAUUUUUCUCUCAAAUUCUCAAUCAAUCAAUUAAUCAAUCGAAGAUUAUCAUCAGUGUAACCCACUCAUACCAUCACCGCAAUGUAAUGAACAAUGUCGAGCAACAAUCAAGAUCCGCCACCAGAAACGACGACGUCUUCGUCCUCGACGUCGUCGGCGUCUUUAACAUCUACAUCAACACCGCCGAAAUUCAAGCUUCGGAAAAUACCUCCGAUUCCAAUUCGACGUACGACGACGCACAAGCUAAAACGACAAGAUGAAACCUACGAUGCAGAGGACGAGGAAGACGACGACGAUGACGAUCACGGAGCGGGUCAUCAUCGUAUGUCGUCGCAAAAUAGGAAUAAUUAUAAUAAAUUUAAACCGUUAGAUGAGAAUAGUUCGAAUAGUAGGAUUAUUAUGGCUUCAGCUCUCGGAUUAAAUAAUAUCAAAACGCAAUUAUCAGCUCCGUCUCCGUCUCCGUCUCUUAGCCGGUUUUCUUCGACGGUUACCGGUAGACCGUCGCUGAAUCUCCGCAAUAUUACCAAUAAUAACAGUAACGCUUUAAAUAAUAAAGAGGAUCAAGCUGGCCUUGAUAACAAGCUUAAAUGGAACGUUCCUAUUCAUACUGAGCCUGGAAAAAAAAUUGCGUGGAGUCAAUCGAAAUCGUUAAAGUAUCCAUCAGGACCAUCACCUCUAAAUCCAGCUUUGGAGAGUCAUGCUUUUGCCAAGGAAUUACAGUCUCCACGGUUUCAAGCAAUACUUCGUGUUACGAGUAAUCGAAAGAAUAAAACUCCGGAUGUUAAGAGUUUUUCUCAUGAGCUUAACUCUAAAGGAGUUAGGCCAUUUCCAGUUUGGAAAUCAAGGGCCUUCGGUCAUAUGGAGGAAGUUAUGGUGGCAAUUAGGGCCAAAUUUAACAAGUUGAAGGAAGAAGUUGAUUCUGAUUUAGGUCUAUUUGCUGGAGAUUUGGUAGGCAUACUUGAAAGGGCCUCGGAUACUCACCAUGAGUGGAGUGAAAGUUUGGAGGAUUUGUUGAUCAUAGCUAGACAAUGCUCAAAAAUGUCACCUAAUGAGUUCUGGGUCAAAUGUGAGGUGAUCGUACAGAAUUUAGAUGAUAAGCGUCAAGAGCUACCAAUGGGAAUAAUCAAACAAGCACAUACACGCCUUCUAUUUAUCCUCACGCGGUGCACUAGGCUUGUGCAGUUCCAAAAGGAGAGUGGUUAUGAAGAUGAUCACGUUUUGGGUCUUCAUCAACUCAGUGAUCUUGGAGUUUAUCCUGAACAAAUUUUUGAUGUAGCGACACAGGAUUUUAGUGGCCCGUUGGCAGCUGGAAAGGUUGCUGGGAGAGAGAAACACAGAAAAAAACCGUCUCGUGAUCAAGAAGAAGAUAGCCUGGUUGUUCAACAAGAACAUGUUGAUCAGACUUUGGAGGUUAACACUGCCAGAAGUGGCGAUUCAACUACAAGUAGUUAUAAGAUGUCAUCUUGGAAAAAACUUCCAUCUGCUGCUGAGAAAAACCGGAAGGGACAUGAUGCUGUCGAUUCACCUACUAAGGAUAAAGUAGAACUGUCACAUAGUAAAGAUGAAACAAGGGUUGUUGAAGACGACCAUUCUGAAAAUCUUGGAACCCCAGAGCAUCCUGCUUCAUCAGGAAUGAGAAAAGCCUCUUGGGGACACUGGGGGGAACACCAUAACAUUGCAUAUGGCAAUUCAAUGAUAUGCCGAAUUUGUGAGGUGGAAAUACCAAUAGUACACGUGGAGGAGCAUUCUUUGAUAUGUACCAUUGCUGAUAGAUGUGACUUGAAAGGCUUAACUAUAAACGAAAGACUUGAAAGGGUUGUAGAUACUCUCGAUAAGAUAUUGGAAUCAUGGACCCCUAAAAGCACCCCGAAAAGCUGUGAUACUCCAAUACGAAGUCUUGGUGUUGAAAGAGUGGCAGGUGUACCAGAUGACUCGUAUGAGUUAUCACCAGAAGAGAACAGUUUUUCUCGUCAUUGUUCUGAAGACAUGCUAGAUCUCAUGCCUGAUGUCGAUAAUUCUUUUCUCAACGAAGAUAUAAAUGUUUUGCCAGAAAUUUCAUGUGAAGGGAAUUCUAUCGUGUCGCCUGAUGCAGAUGCCAAAAGUUCAUCGGCAGGGAGCUUGACACCUCGCUCUCCAUUAUUAACACCAAGGACUAGCCAGAUUGAAUUGCUAGUGACUGGACGAAGGACAAUAAUGGAACUUGAGAACCAUCCACAGAUAAGCAAGUUACUGGAUAUUGCCCGUUCGGUUGCAAAUAUAAACGAGUGUGACUAUGGAGGUUUGGAGUGCAUGCUUGACCGCCUGGACGACUUAAAGUAUGCCAUCCAGGAUAGGAAGGUGGAUGCCCUCAUUGUAGAGACUUUUGGACGACGCAUAGAGAAUUUACUACAGGAGAAAUAUGUGCAUCUCUGUGCACAGAUAGACGAUGAAAAAUUGGACUCAUCAAAUCAUAUGGUGGAUGAAGAUAGCUGUUUAGAAGAUGACGUGGUGCGCAGUUUGCGUGCAAGUCCAAUUAAUCCAUCUAAGGAUCGAACAUCUAUAGAAGAUUUUGAAAUAAUAAAACCAAUCAGUCGAGGGGCUUUCGGAAGGGUUUUCCUUGCCAUGAAAAGAGCGACUGGUGAUUCGUUUGCUAUAAAGGUUUUAAAGAAGGCUGAUAUGAUUCGUAAAAAUGCUGUUGAAAGUAUCUUGGCUGAGCGUAAUAUCCUUAUAUCAGUUCGCAAUCCUUUUGUGGUCCGUUUCUUUUACUCCUUCACAUGUAGGGAAAAUCUUUACCUAGUGAUGGAGUACCUAAACGGUGGAGAUCUUUAUUCGUUAUUGAGAAAUUUGGGCUGCAUAGAUGAAGACAUGGCCCGUGUGUACAUUGCAGAACUUGUUCUUGCUUUGGAGUAUUUGCAUUCUUUAAAUGUCAUUCAUAGAGACUUGAAGCCGGACAACUUGUUGAUUGGUCAAGAUGGUCAUCUAAAGUUGACAGACUUUGGGCUCUCAAAGGUUGGUCUGAUUAACAGUACAGAUGACUUAUCUGGUCCCUCAUUCACUAGUGCUGGUAUGUUUGAUGAACAACAAAAAGAACAAAAUGCAGCAAAGAGAGAACAGCGUCGGAAGCAUUCUGUUGUUGGGACUCCUGAUUAUUUGGCACCCGAGAUACUUCUUGGCACAGGACAUGGUGCAACUGCUGAUUGGUGGUCUGUGGGCAUUAUUCUAUUUGAGCUGCUAGUUGGUAUCCCACCAUUCAAUGCAGAAACUCCACAGGAAAUAUUUGACAAUAUAAUGAAUAGAGAUAUACCUUGGCCCAGGGUACCUGAGGAGAUGAGCUUUGAAGCGUGUGAUUUGAUUGACAAAUUGUUGACUGACAAUCCACUUCAAAGGCUAGGAGCAACAGGAGCUAAGCAGGUGAAACAACAUGCUUUCUUUAAGGACAUUAACUGGGAUACAUUGGCAAGGCAAAAGGCUACGUUCAUACCAGCAGCAGAUGCUCUUGACACUAGUUAUUUUAUGAGCCGGUAUAUAUGGAAUCCAGAAGCUGAACAUUUUCAAGGAGGCAGUGAUUUUGAUGACUUGACUGACACGUGCAGCACUGGAUCAUUCAGCCAUACCCACGAGGAGGAAGGGGAUGAAUGCGGCAGUUUGGCGGACUUUAAUAAUGCUCCUGCACUUGCUGUGAAGUAUUCAUUUAGUAAUUUCUCAUUUAAGAAUCUGUCUCAGCUGGCAUCGAUCAAUUACGAUAUGGUAAUUAGGAGCGCCAGAGAAACAGCAGAAGCCGCGAAACAAUCUGAACCUUGACGAGUCUUGAUUUACAACUAUUACAUGCCUGUUUACUCCCAGCUAAAGUUCCACUCACUGCAUAGUCGAGGUAACUCCUCAACCUGAAAUCAUGAAGAGACUUUCUUAAAACAGAAAUCAAUGUCUUUCAAGAAAAGGUCAGUUUGCUUCCUAGCCAGCUUGAUCAAGCAUCGAUCAACGCAAUUUUCUUAGUUAUGUGAUAUUUAAUUGCUUUAGCCAACAGGUGAUGGACAUUUUUGUGAUGCUAAUAACCACAUGCUUUUGUAUAUACAUAUAUAUAGAUCUCAGGGAAUUAAUACUUGUAUCAGCUUUAUGUAACGAGUCCAUGCUAAGAUAUUUGAGUUGGAAUCAAAGUUCAUUUCAUCUAUAAAA